UCGUCGGCUUUAUCUCUGUUGAACAGAAUACACGCUACUUCAUCUGGAACAAUAUUAACUCCUGCAGACACAGUUUGUUUGCUUGACCUCUAUAUCUCACAGACUCUGUCAGUGACGAACUGUGCCUCGCUGGUUAAUCCCGGGCAAAUGCACCGUAAUUUGUAAAACAUCCACGCUUUCCGAGACCUGUCUGUAUUAAUACCAGCGACAUACAGUACUGUAAGUGCACUGAAACUUUGAAGAUGCAGAGAGUCAACUUGCCAGGGAGUGAUUUGAAUGUGUCCCCUAUCUGCCUGGGCACCUGGCAGUUCAAUGGCGGCCAGGUUGGCGGGGACAAAACUUGGGGAGCGAUGUCCGUGGAGGAAUCUAAGAAAAUAUGGGACAAAGCACUGGAGACUGGCAUAAACUUUAUAGACACUGCUGAGGCAUAUCUGAACUCCCAUUCUGUUCUGGGGCAGAUAAUGGACCCCAGUAAGAGAAGAGAUAUUGUACUAGCCUCCAAGGUUGGCAAUGGAAAAGGCGCAAAUAGUGCGCCAUACACUGCUGAAGACAUAGACCAAGCCGUUACGACCAGUCUAGAAAAGUUGAAGACGGAUUAUAUUGAUCUGUACCAGAUGGCAGAUGUGAACGAAACUGUUGCCGAGCUGAAGAGACAACAAGCCAAGGGGAGAAUAAGAUAUUAUGGCGUCUGCAACUUUGGACCCAAUGAUCUGCGAGGUUUUCUUGAGGCAGGAGGACAGCCCAUCUCUAACCAGGUGUGCUACAAUCUUCUGUGGAGGUCCAUAGAGGAGGAACUACUUCCUCUCUGCCAGGAGAAAGGCAUAUCCCUCCUCCCCUACUCACCACUUCAGCAGGGACUACUUACAGGGAAGUUCCAGAUGCCGUCUGAUGUCCCUGAGGGAAGAAGGCGAGGGAAGUUAUUUCAUAAGGACAGUACCCCCCUUGCUCGCCACGGCCAUGAUGGAGCAGAAAAAGAGGUGUUUCAGGCCAUCAGUGAAAUCCGCGAGGUGUGUGCCAAAGCCAACAUUCCCAUGGCAACAGCAUCAUUGUCAUGGUUACUACAGCAGCCAUGCGUGAAGUCAGUCAUUGUUGGAGCUUCUAACCCGCAGCAGGUGGUAGAGAAUUGCCAGAGAGUGACCUUGCCAGAGGACGUGGUACAGAAGUUCUCUGCAGCUACGGACCCAGUGAAGGUGAUAUUCAAGGGUGAUAUGGACCAGUGGGCUUACGGAAGGUCAAGUUAAAUUGACUGUUUAUAAGACUCAUAAUACACGGUACACUAGGUUGCAGUGCUCACCAUUUAGCUGUCAAAUAGAGGAUGUUUGGUUUGGAGGGUGUUUCAGUCACCCCGAGUCUUACAGGUUAACUGACCUGUCUGUUACCAGGCUGUCUACCAUUUCCAGUAAUAAUGAAAAAAAUAUUUUUUCAGGUAAUAUAUAUGAACAAAAUACAUAUCAGAAAUUUGAAUAUUGACAGAGCUCUAAAAAAUGAUUAUAAAAAAAUUAGGAAUGACAGUAUAAAAUUCUGAAAUUUAAGAUGUGAAAAUAAAAUGUAUAUAGUGUAUUAAAAAGUAAUUUAAAAAUUUUUUUUUUAAUUUAGGGUUAAAACUAGAAAAAAGCAACCUCUAAGACUCACAGUGUGUCAGUAUACCUAUUUGCGUAUACAAUUCUUUCCUACUAUUAACUUAGUCUUAUGGUCAUGUAUUUAUGUUGCCUACUUGGGAAGUACCACUGUGAUUACAGUCAUAACUUCUCAUUAAUUUUAAGCUGUAAUUGCUAAAGUAGAAGUCCCAAAGCAGAACCGUGUCAGAAAGAAUUGCCCCAGAUCUCUGUUAAAAUCCUUAGGAGAUCUUUAUAAACU